AUGGCAAACAACAAAUAUUUGUUACUUUUGACAGUGUUCUGUUGGCUUACUUUGGUCACGGGUAUUCGAAUCUCCAACCUGAACGACACCUGCAUCAGAUGCCUUUGCUAUGUGGCCGGUUGCGAUUUGUCGCAUGGAUGCACUCAGGGCUACUGCGGACCUUUCUACAUAUCCAGGGUGUAUUGGGUCGAUGCCGGGAAACCGAGUCUGCCUGAAGAUAAUCCGGAGAGAAAAGAAGCUUUUGAAGACUGCGCCAGGGACUACCACUGUUCGGUGAAAAUAGUCGAAAGUUAUAUGGCGAAAUUUGGAAAGGAUUGCAAUAGAGAUGGCGUUACGAACUGCUUCGAUUACAUGAUGAUUAACCAUCACGGAGGAGGCGCUUGCACGGAGCCUCUGCACCUAACAGGGCUAGGCCGAAGACGAUUGGAGCUGUACCAACAGUGUCGACUU